CCUUGCUGCUGUGUCUUCUCACCUCACGACUCGGUUCGAUAUGUAUUCAUACCUAUAGGGAAAACGUGGGCGGGCGGUGGUGCGCCUGCGCACCCCCUGCCCCUCUCCCCCCUUCCUUUGCGUACGUGACGUCGCGUGUUCUUUUCUCCCCAUUACUACUACAGUACACACAAGAGGAGAAACAAUACUUUGCGUGCCGUCGCCCGCCCGCGUUGUAAUUUCGAAGCUUUCCCCGGCUCUUUCCUUCUUUCCCGGGCUGUCACUCCUCCGCGGCCCCUCCCGUCGGGUUCAAAAUGGCGGCGGCGCGGCGCGGGCGGCAAUAGAGAGGCGAGCCAGAGCGGCGCGCUCGGUCCUCCACAGCAUGCCCCCCGCCGCCGCCCCGACCUGACCUCCCGCUUCUCGGACUCCUCACCGCCGCCGACAUGGGCGAGAGGCUGGAGCUCCGGCUGAAGUCGCCCGUGGGAGCCGAGCCGGCCGUUUACCCGUGGCCCCUGCCUAUCUACGACAAACACCAUGAUGCUGCUCACGAAAUCAUUGAGACAAUUCGGUGGGUCUGCGAGGAGAUCCCGGACCUCAAACUCGCCAUGGAAAACUAUGUCCUAAUUGACUACGAUACUAAAAGCUUCGAAAGCAUGCAAAGGCUUUGUGACAAAUACAACCGUGCCAUCGACAGCAUUCACCAGUUGUGGAAAGGCACCACCCAACCCAUGAAGCUCAACACUCGUCCAUCCAAUGGCCUGCUCCGCCACAUUCUCCAGCAAGUCUAUAACCACUCGGUGACCGACCCGGAAAAACUCAACAACUACGAGCCCUUUUCCCCGGAAGUCUACGGCGAGACUUCCUUCAACUUGGUGGCCCAGAUGAUCGAUGAGAUUAAGAUGACCGAAGACGACCUCUUCGUCGACUUGGGCAGUGGUGUGGGUCAAGUUGUUCUCCAGGUCGCUGCGGCCACCAACUGCAAGCAUCACUAUGGAGUGGAGAAAGCGGACAUUCCAGCCAAAUACGCUGAGACAAUGGACAAAGAAUUCAGGAGGUGGAUGAAAUGGUAUGGGAAGAAACACGCAGAUUACACACUGGAAAGAGGUGACUUUCUCUCGGAGGAAUGGCGAGAGAGGAUCGCAAACACGAGUGUUAUUUUUGUGAAUAAUUUUGCCUUUGGGCCYGAGGUGGAUCACCAGUUAAAGGAACGUUUUGCCAACAUGAAGGAAGGGGGUCAGAUCGUUUCCUCGAAACCAUUUGCACCGCUGAACUUCAGGAUCAACAGCCGAAACUUGAGUGAUAUUGGCACCAUCAUGAGAGUGGUGGAAUUGUCGCCCUUGAAAGGAUCCGUCUCGUGGACCGGAAAACCCGUUUCGUACUACCUGCAUACUAUUGAUCGGACCAUACUUGAAAACUACUUCUCUAGUCUCAAAAAUCCAAAACUCAGGGAGGAGCAAGAGGCAGCUAGGCGCAGGCAGCAGAGAGAGAAUAAGAGCAACACAACGACACCAACAAAAGUCCAGGAGAAUAAGCAGGAUGACGGGGCUGAGGACGAGAAGCUCCCGGGGCCCAACACCCUCAAGAAGCCCUCUCCGUCCAAACCCCGCAAGAAGAAGCUGAGCAAAAAGGGUCGGAAGAUGGGUGGCCGGAAGCGAGGGCGGCCCAAGAAGAUGAACGUGGGCGGCACGGCAGAGCGCAAGCCCAAGAAGAACCCAGCGGCGUCAGAGUUGCUCAAUUCUCAAACCGCCUCGCAGACGUCUUCGUCCUCUCCUCAGGAUGCAUACAGGUCACCUCACAGCCCUUUCUACCAACUACCUCCGAAAGUGCAGCGGCAUGCGUCCAACCAGCUCCUGGUGGCCCCCACCCCUCCUGCACUACAGAAGCUGCUAGACUCUUUCAAGAUCCAGUAUCUGCAGUUCAUGGCCUACAUGAAGACCCCGCAGUACAAGGCAAACCUUCAGCAGUUGCUGGAAGAGGAGAAGGAAAAGAAUACUCACCUGCUAGGCAAGGCCCAGCAGUUGUUUACUCACUGUCAGGCUCAGAAGGAAGAGAUCAAGCGACUGUUCCAGCAAAAGCUGGAUGAGCUUGGUGUUAAGGCCCUGACCUACAAUGACCUCAUCCAGGCGCAGAAGGAGAUCUCGGCCCACAACCAGCAGCUGAAGGAGCAGAGUAAGCAGCUUGAAAAAGACAACGGCGAGCUCCGGAGCCAGAGUUUGCAGUUGCUGAAGGCCCGAUGCGAGGAACUGAGGCUGGACUGGUCCACCCUUUCACUGGAGAACCUGCUCAAAGAGAAGCAAGCACUGAAGAGCCAGAUUUCUGAGAAGCAGAAACAUUGCUUGGAAUUGCAGAUAAGCAUUGUGGAGCUGGAGAAGAGCCAGCGGCAGCAGGAGCUGCUCCAGUUGAAGUCCUGUAUGCCGCCAGAGGAGUCCUUGCUGGUGCCACCACCCCGCCACAAGAGCCACCCGAGCCGCGAGGCAGAGCCUGACCCGGGCCUCUUCCCACUGGAGCUGGAGGGCCCCAAGUUCCCCCUGCCGCCACCGCCACCCCACCUUAAUGGCAUGAGCCCCGAGCUCUCCAUGAACGGCCACGCCACGGCCUACGAGAUCCAGGGGGCCCUGGGCCGGCCCUCCUCGAAGCAGAGCACCCCGCAGUACCCGCCUCCCCACCUGGAGCAAGACGUCGUUCCUUGUACGCCCAGCCACGGUCCCCGACAGAAAUCCGACAGGACCUCCUCCGGCCUGGCUUUGCCUGAUUACACCAGGUUUUCCCCAGCAAAGAUUGCCCUCCGGAGGCAUCUGAACCAGGAUCAUGUUGCAGGUGCCAAAAUCGCAUGUGGCGAGAACCACCAGAGAGUGGAGCACCUCAAGGAGAACGGCCUGACUUUCCCAAGCCCUACCAUGUCCAACGGCAUCAAGAUGAGCCCUGCAGAAACCCGUCCGUCUUCUCCUACAGCAAACGAAAAGGCUUUGCGCGAGAGUCGGACGUCUGCAAAUAACGGGGAGACCAUCACCAGCCUUCCCAUCAGCAUUCCCCUCAGCACCGUCCAGCCCAAUAAGCUCCCUGUUAGUAUCCCCCUGGCCAGCGUAGUGCUCCCUAGCCGUGUUGAGAAGGUGCGGAGCACACCCAGCCCUGUCCACCAGAACCGCGACUCCUUUUCAACACUUGAAAAACAACAUGGUGCUAAUUCUCAUAACGGCGUUAGCCAUGCUGCUGGCAACAAGCCACUGACUUUGGCUACCUCAGGUUUUUCUUACAUGUCUGGCUCCGCAUCACUGAAUGGGAUCCUUCCCAGCAGCCCUGCCUCAUUGAACCACAGCAUUGACGCGGCCCUGGAAGACGUGUCCAGUUCGGGGAGCCUGUUCAACUCGUCGGGGUCCCGCAGCUCCACACCACAGCACCCCUCCUUGCUGGCGAUACCCUCGCGGACCUCAGGGCAGAACUCACCAGCCCACUCGGCCAGCCCCCGGUCGAACGGGGUCUCCCAAGGCCUGGGAGGGGUGCUGCAGUAUGUCGAGAGCCAAAAAAUGUUCUCUGAGGGAGGAGGGCAGUCAGAGCCGACCUUCUCCGACCCGGAGAGUGAGGGCAAGCGGAGGAUCAUCUUCACUUUAAGCAAGCACAGCCCCUUGGCGGCAAGUGUCCGUAUGGAGUGCGGCCCAGCCUACGCGCAGGACGGGAAGAAGCGCGGGCGGAGGAAGCGGUAUUCCACAGGAGCCCUCGGUGCCAACUCCGGCGUGUCACCCAAACGCAAAUCGCUGCCUACCGUGGCCGGGCUCUUCACUCAGCCAUCGGGCUCCCCAUUGAAUAUCAACUCCAUGGUCAGUAACAUUAACCAGCCUUUAGAAAUAACAGCCAUUUCUUCCCCCGAAAACUCCCUGAAGAAUUCUCCUGUUCCGUACCAGGACAACGACCAGCCGCCAGUGCUGAAAAAGGAGAAGCCCCUUCCCCAGACCAACGGCAUCCAUUACUCACCCUUGACAUCCGAUGAGGAACAAGGAUCGGAGGAUGAGCGAAACAGCACAAGGAUCGAGAGGAAAAUUGCAACGAUAUCACUUGAAAGCAAAUCCCCACAAAAGUCGAUGGAAAACAGCCUCACUUUAGCUGGGAGGAAGCAAGCCAGCGAGAGCAUGAACAGCAGCAAGUGGAAGUCAACCUUUUCACCCAUAUCCGACAUCAACCUCACCAAAACCUUGGACAGUCCUUUGCAGGCCUCGGUGCCGCCCCUGAGCCAGAACUCCCUCUUCGCCAGUUUCAGGCCAUCUGCAGAGGACAGCACAACUGGAGACACCAAGGCCACCAUGAGGAAACAUGUCUCUGCCCCCGGGUCUGACCAGAAUGGAUUUCCUUACAACAGCGGGCUGUCAGCAGACGUUGGUUUACAUAGCUUUAUCGACGGCACUGGGUUGCCGCAGAAGAACAUUGACGUGGCGGCCCUGGGCGGCUCCUCGUUGAGCUUCCUGGUGCAACGGGGUAAGGAAUCGGCCUCUGAGACGAACCCGUUCUUGAGCAAACGGCAGCUAGAAAGCCUGGGAACCGGGAAAGGGGAGGACUUAAACUGGCCCAAAGGCAAAGACGGCAACGAGCUCCGUCUGGGCUCCGCUGCCGAGAAGGCCUUGCUGCUCCACAAUAGCAAAGCUGGCAAAGGACGGGAGCGGGACGUAGAGUUCAAGAACGGGCACAACCUCUUCAUUGCCGCUGCUGCUGUUCCUCCCUCUGGCAGCCUCCUCAAUGGCAAAGGACUCUCUCCUUCCGGUGCAUCGCCCGUUGUAGUUUCUUCCACUGCUGCCCAGGCACACCACUCAUUCUUGAACUCCUUGGCCACCGGGUCACAGUUCCCUCUCGGCCCCAUGGUGACGAACCCCUCAGUACUCCAGUCCUUAUUUAACUCGAUGCCGGCCACCGGCCUGGUCCACGUCUCGUCGGCUGCCACCCGCCUGACCAACUCCCACCCGAUGGCGGGCUUCUCUCCCGGAGUGACGGGCGGAACAGUCGGAGGUAUUUUUAACCAUGUGGUGCCUCCCGCCUCCUCCUCCUCCUCUUCCUCUCUUUCCCCUUCUUCCUUCGCCCCUUCCGUUUCCGCUCUCCACUUGGGCAAGAGCGCUGUCUCCGCUUGCGCCGUGCUCGGCUUGAACCCUUUGCCAUUCCACCCGCCCCCCAACGAGGCCCUACGUGCACCCCCUCCUCCCACUGUCUCCCUCCCACCUCCCCCUCCCCUCCUGGCUCCGCACCCAGAAUCCCUCCUCUUCCCCAGUCUCUCCGCCCUCCCGCCAUCCUCCUCUUCUUCCUCCUCUGCUGCUAACUCCACUUUGUCUGUUAAACUAGCUUCACUCCAGCACAAAACCUCCCACCCUUCCUUCACCGUCCACCACCCGCCUCUGCCUCGCUUGGCCCCGGCUGCGGCCRCGCAGACUGCCCCGGCCGCGAUGUGGGUCGCCCUGGGCACGCAGCCGCCUUARGCUUCUCACCUGCCGGGGGUUAAGCCACGAUAAGGCUGGCCCCCCUCCUGGACCCCCGAGCCAUCGGUGCUCCGCAAGGUAACUAAGACUUCUACCUCAACCCAACGUUGACCUAUGCAAGGACGACCGGGACCAACUUCUCUCAGCUUCCAUCGAAGGUGCUGUUUGCUUAGGCAGCUAUAAAAGCGUUCCUUCCUUCUUUCUUUCAUUCUUCCUUUGUGUGUUUCUUUUACUACUGGACAGAAACAAUCAUAAAAAAAACAAGAGAGAGAAAAAAAUUAUACUGUGAAUCUUAAGUUAAAUAUAUACAGAUGGAUAUAUAUAUAUAUUCAAAGUGCAGAAUGCUUAGGAUCCGCUCCGGUUUGUACUGUCGAUAGAUUUAGAUAUUUAUAUAUAUAUAUAUUUUUAAAAGGUGUCAAACACACAACAGAUGCGGCUUUAUUUUUGAGGAAUAGCUGGGAGGGAAGUCAGUCCGAAGGAAGGUGAUAAGCAUGCCGUUGAUAGCUCCUUUUUAUUAUUAUUUUUGGGUGAAAAUAAAGGACUGGCACACCAGCAGAGACAUCACAAAAAAGAGAGGUUGUCUUGUGGUGCUAUCGACUUCCAGCAGGAACUGUGCCUGUCCAGUCUCAAACCGUGGUGCUUUUUCUUGCUUUUUAAUGGCAAAAAAAUAGGCCGAAGUUUCUUUAUGUAUUUAUUCCUGAACGGCGUACUUCGACUGGCCAGGUUUCUGGAGCAAAAAUGAUCGUUUUUCCUCUUCCUCGUUCUGUUUUGGAAACUGGUCCAGACGCCAAUGUAAUUCCUAUUACAAAGGGGAUAAUAAAUGCAUCUAUAUCCUCUUCCUUCUGGUUCAGUAGAGAGAAUUCAUUCAUGGUGCUUGUUCGUAACCCAACUGUUUUCUGCUCAAAAUAUUUGGGCACAUAAGGUGCGUCUUCAAAGGGGUGCCUCUGUCUUAUUAAAGCCAAAAGGCGGAGUUGAAACAAUCACCACUUUGGACUUCGGUGCCCAUUGUCCCCCCGAAAUACCCUUUGGUCUUCCAGGUGGUUCAGAUUUCAUCAGCAACGGUGGGUGCAAAACAUCACAAGUGAGGGAACUCCGUGAACUCAGUUUCAUGUUAUUCUUUUAUGGAAAUGACCCCAAAGUUGCUUAUAAACAAAGCCAUUUGGACUCUGCCCAGUGAGGCAUUGAGAGAGAGUCAAAACACUUAUAAGAAAAGUCCAGUUUGGUGUCUUCCUCGUAUUCUAGAGCUUCCAUCGAGGCCCUGCUGGUUGGGGAUGCUGGGUGUUGCACUCCGUGGCGUUUUGGUUCCCUUUCCAAGCAAACCUUUGGGACUUCGGCUCCCAAAAGCCCCGGCCAACUUGGCUGAAGAUUGUGGCUUUCAGAAUCGACGAAAUGUCGGAAUUAACAUACUGCUGGCUUGGAAAUUAUUAUUUUGUUGUUCAGCAUAGGGAUUCUUCGCUCCAACUGUGUUGCUGUGGGUUUAGUCUUCUCUUGAAAGAACACGCACAGGGGCUGAAGAUACCAUACAUCUUGAUUGUUCGGAAUAUAAGAGUCUAGCACUACUGCCCAUCAAUAUAGGGCCUUAGCUACAAUGUCAUCAAUCACUCAAAAGCCCUGGCACCUGGAGCCUGCCCUUUCCCACAUACCAGAGCCCACCUUUUCCCACCUCAGGGCAAUUGACUUUUAUGGUCGGUUCAUAUGUCCUUGCAGCAUUGUGUCCUCCCUUUGGGCCAAGGGCCAUGUGCUCUAUGUCAGGGCUGAUAGUUGCAUGGCAUGAAUGAUCAUGACAUCCAGCCAUUUGAGAAACCAAGUGAUUGAGUCAUUUAUAAUAGAGGCAGAUUUCAGUUUCAACUUCCUAGAAAACUGGUGGUGUUUUAUUUAAUUUUGACUGCUCCUUUUGAAUACUUGAUUGCUGCGGAAACCGUUUGGCUCCUGCAACUUUUUGUCCGCUUGCCGGUUCUUUGCUUUUUUUUUUUUUUUGUAUGGUUUUGCUCUCCACCAUCUUUGUAUCGCACUUAAUAUACUUUUUAAAAAAAAGUAAAUUGUGACCUGUGAUCAGUGUACAGAAUUAGUGUUUUUUUAAAGGCAGUGGUAUUUUGUAGGUUUUUUAAGUACAUACACACAGAUAUUAUAAAUGGUGUGCUAACGCUUUUGGGAUUCAAUCAUCAAACCAGGAAGCUUGGCUUUAUUUAUUCAAACAGCAGAAAGGGGGAGGAAUUGAACACUUUCCUGCACUUGAUCCUCGAUCGGCUGCGAUUAUAGUCGAUGCAAUAAUCUGUGUUAUUUUCACCAUCUUAACGGUGUUCCUGUGUUGUACGAUGCAACCAUCACAAAAGGGGUCACAUCACAAACAUAAGAAAUAAACAGCAUUCAGUCUCCGAAGUUGCCUUCUCCGAUUGAAUCUCAGUGAUCACAAAUUAGGGAAAGGCCAGACAAAUGGGAUUUGUGUGAGGGGUUCUUUGCUCCAGCUGUGUUGCUAUGGCUUUAGUCUUCUCUGGAAAGAAUAUGUCAAGAUGCAAAGCAGCUAAUGAUACCAUACCUCUUGAUUUGGAAUACAAGAGUCUAGCACUACUGCCCAUCUAUAUAGGGCCUUAGAUACAAUGUCAUCAAUCACCCAAUAGCCCUGGUGCCUGGAGCCUGCCCUUUCCCACAUACCAGAGCCCACCUUCUCCCACCUCAGGGCAAUUGACUUUUAUGUCCAUAUGUCCUUGCAGCAUCCUGUCUCCCUUUUGCCCAAGAGCCAUGUGCUCUAUGUCGGGGGUGAUAGUUGCAUGGCAUCAGUGAGUGAUCUUGACAGUUUGUCUCGUCUUUCCCUUUUAGUGCAGCUGAGAAACGAUCCAAGAAGGAAUAUUUGAAUUACCAAAAGCUUAUUGCAUCCUAUUCAAAUGGGUAGGAUUUUCUGGGCAGCAAAAGAUAGGUGCAACCUGACCCCUCUCUCGGCUUUUAAAGAAAAAGGAUCUUAAAAAUAAAGUUGGUGCUAUGUACAAAAUACUGGUUUUACAACCCAGCCUCCUGCUUAACGGCUGCUCAGACCGGGUGCUAAACUAUACAGGCGGGGAUACGUCUCAUCUGUGUUUUUAAGGCUCUUCUUUUGGAUUGUACCACGUUUGUUGACUUUUUCAGACAGGGUUUGGCCCCAAAGACUUAACGCUCACCCUCUUCUUUUCUGUGCAGAAUAUGGUGCUAUGGGUUGUGUGUUUGUCUCUGUAUUCGCCUGUCCAGUGUGGGAUCUUGCCUUAUCCGUGGCUGUUUUUGGGCUUGAGUUGCUUCCACCUUGCUGCAGAUCAUCUCCUGUUUCUUGCCGUUUAUCAAGAAGUGAAACAAACAAACCAAGGCCUGGGUUGCUGUGAAUUUUCCAGGCUGUCUGGCCAUGUUCCAGAAGCAUUAUCUCCAGAUGUUUCACCCACAUCUAUGGCAGGCAUCCUCAAAGAUUGUGAGGCCUGUCAGAAACUAGGCAAGUGAGGAUUAUAUAUCUGUGGAAUAUCAGCCUGGAAAACUCACAGCAACCCAGUGAUUCUGGCCAUGAAAGCCUUCGACAACAUAUUAAACCAAGGCCUGCUUUUCCCAAACCCAUCACAAUCACAAGGGAUUAAAAGCCAGAUACAAAUAAAUCAAUAAUAGUAAUAAUAGUAAUAAUAGUAAUAAUGGAACAAAAGCUCCUCUUGAUGUUCCACAUUUCAAUCUCGGAUAACCCGAGCAAAACUCAUUUGCUUCCCUCUCUUUUUAUGAAAUAGCUAUGGUGGUUUGGAAGAUUUUGGCCAUGGUGUUGAGCGUUCCCUUCUCUUUUGUUUUUGGAAAGUGUUCCCUUUUUGGAGACUGCCGAUGGAUGGAUGAAUUAUAGGCGGAAUAUUAGCAUCGGCAUCACAUUGUAUUUUCAUGGAUUUAAUUUCCAAGCAUAGGUAACAAAUAUCUCAAACGGGGAGCGAGGAACUUUCAUUGUUUGUUUUCUCCCCUUUUAAAUAAUGGAAAUAUAUUGGAUCCUUCGAUACUUGGCUAGGGAAGAGUUUGCAGUGCGGAAAGGAAACCCAGAUUAUGAAAAAUUGCUUGACUUGGGUCUCCUAAGGCAAUUAGAAACAUUGAUCUUAAACCAAUGUUGUUUAUAAGACUUCAGUAGGUAUGAUUUUCCAUAAAGAUCUGUCUACCAUUUCCAUCCGAGCCUUUCCAAUAAAAUGGCAAAUUAUAUUUUUUACAAAACAAGUGAUGACUGGUUUAGCAACUUGGAAACAUUAUACCGUGAUAGAGAUUUUGAUUUCUUUUAUAAAGUUUUGGGAAAGACGUCUAUCGAUCUAUCUAUCUGCUUUCUUGGUGAGAGAAGAGGGGGGCAUUCAGUCGGCGAUGGAAAUGAACAGCUGCUCAGGAAUUCAUUUGUAAGAUAAUAAGUAUAAAUAUAUAUGUAAAAAGAAAGAAUUUGUUUGUAAAUGGAUCAAAGGGAGUACAAAGGAUGAUGAAUUGGGGGGUGUUUUUAUUAAUUAUUAUUUGUAGCCCAUGGAAAUGAGCUUUAUUUAAAACCCAACUUCUUCACAGAGGCAGAGGCGCCUUUUGGUUUUUGUCUCGUUUUUUGAAGAAGAUUUUGCUCAAUCCCUUUUUUUUAAUCCGUCAAUCUUCCAGGUUGAACUAAUGCAAAAUCUCACAAGCGUGUGUAUAUAUGUAAUGAUGAUGAUGAUGAUAUUAAUGAUAAUAAUAAUCUUAUCAAUAUAUUUUCCUUUUCUGGUCCUUUGCACUGCAAAGUUUUCUUUCCGUUCUAACGUCUCCGCUACGGAAUAACCGCCUUCCCUUCCACUUCUCACCUUGGUUUGUAAUUUUUAAACAAAAAAAGGCUUUGGAGUUUUGUCUUUAUAUUAAAAAAAGUAUGUAUUUUAAUACACCAUAA